AUGUCCGAGCUACAUGAGAGCAUGAGUACCAAGUCCCUGCCCUGUGUUCUCCAGGACCGCGUCUAUGCUUUCUAUGACUUAUUAUGGAGGGAACAUAAAACCCUUGAUGGCAAGCUCAAGAUCUCCCAGUUUCUGCCUGAGCUCACAUCCAAUCUGGCCAUUGAAGUGCGCCUGUUCUGGUGUACAGACAUGCUAUUAAGUGUCCCUUUGUUCAAGAUAUUCCCCGCCCCGGUUGUUCAGCGCCUCGUUAUUGCCGUCGACAUCAACUUCUUCAUGCCUGACGACUAUAUCAUCGUGGCGGGUGAGAUUGGGCAUGAAAUGUUCUUCUUGAAGAACGGGAAAGUCGACGUAUUUCUGCAUGUACGCCGGAUGCAACGUGAACAAAUUCUGGCGACGCUCAAACCGAGAACAUUUUUCGGGGAGAUUGCCCUGGUCACUUGCUGCCCAAGAACCGCAACAGUCAAGGCCCGUUCCUUCGUUGAAUGUGCUACCAUUUUGCGCCAUGAUCUCGAAGGCAUGCUCACUGAUCAUCCAAAUAUGUUGCGCCGCGCCACAGCCAUGGUCCAGUCUGGUUACUAUGCGGGCUUUCUUAAACGGGGAAAAUCGAAAUGCAAAAUUGAUUCUGGCGUAAUUGUUCCCACGGUUAUGCAGGAAAACCCUGGAAUCGGCCCGAGGCCGCAUAAGGGAAGCAUUUUGCAACCAACAGCGUCCAUCUCCUCAGAUGUUUUGGGUCACCUUGGACAACUGGAACGUUCCAUGCGGAAAUUUCUCGAAGGAAAAUCCACAAGCACAAGCCUUUCGAUCCCAGCAGCCCNCCAGGCACGAGGUCGUAGAGUGGAGGGCCGCAAGGCUGGGGGCUUAUACAAAACCCGCGAGCUAUUUCUCGACACUGAACACUGGCCACGUUUAUGUUGGGGCGUAGCCCGGGCUCCGGUUGCUAAACGCCGGCCAUGUUUGGUCGAGCCUCGGCCAGCUCCAGCUGGAGAGCCCAUGGGUGGGUGCUCGACCCGGGGCCUGGGCACUGCACAAAGCGGGUCGAGCAGGUAGAUAAAAUGGCGAAACAAG